AUGCUGUGGCACGAAGACAGCGACAAAUGGCUUUGGGCAUUUCAGACGGCUCUUACUUAUCCGUGGUUCGCUUCCGGCAGCAUGAGCAUAACGUUGACAAUUGUUCGGAUCUCGUGCUUUUCCUUCUGCUCCAGUGGUACCAAAGCUGGAGGGGUUUUGUUGCUGAAUCAGGUUGAGUAUUUGUGUCGAACUUACACACUUCGGCCGACGUUGGGAGCUGAGGGUGCUGCGCUGCGCGAUGCGACGAGCCGCAUCCCAUUGCGUGCCGAAAUACCGCGACAGCCCCGCGAAUCGUCUUCAAGCCUCACAAUAUCCCGUUUUGUCACCCGGGAUUCAAUAAUCACGAGUACCGCGGCAAUAGCAGCAGUGCCACCUACAGCGAAUGCUGAUGGCGAUUGUAGUAGCACUGGUGAUAAAGAUGCACCUGAUGAUAACGACGAUGACGAUAACAACAAGGAGGCGAAGGAUUCAGAUGUACACUAG